AUGGCAGAAGAUUGCGAGUAUUUUGGAUGUUAUAUUCUUGUAUUCGCAGCCGUAAGUUACCUUAAAUUUGAAAAUGUAUAGGUUUUAUUUGUGUUUUUUUAGUAUUACGACGAGGUUCAUAUCCCACUUUCCAUUGGUAUCUGCCUUUUUGGUGCAGCCUCAAAUGUAUUCAAUAUUAUUGUUUUAACAAGGUUGGUAGAAAGAAAUGUUAUUAUUAAUAAAUAAAAAAUUCUUUCUGCAAAAUGAAAAAAAAUAAAUAAAUUGUUCUUCAGAAAACGGAUGCGAACACCAAUUAACGUGUUAUUUACGGGACUCUCGGCUGCGCAAUGGUUGUUAGCUACUAAUUAUUUGCUUUUUCUCAUUUUGGAAUAUUAUCGAAUGCAAUGGUAAGAAGAUUUUUAAAAAACUUUUUUUUUCAAUGCGUUUUUUUUCAGUGUGAGUUUUCUAUGGUCCAAGUCAUUCACAUAUUAUCGGUUUUUGAAUGUCAAUUUGAAUACGGUUUUUCACACAAGUGAGUUUGGGACUUGUAAGGGAAGGUAUUGUAAAAUAUGUUUCAGUUGCAUUUGCGACAACAAUUGCUCUUGCCAUCUUCCGAUACUGUGCUCUGAAAUUCCCAAUCCGUGCAAACAGGUUUAUAUACAAAGUGAAACCUGCGGUCGCCGUCAACAUUUUUAUCUGGUUCAUUGUGCCAAUCAUUAGUUUGCCAGUCUUCUUCAUCUCCGAAGUUAAAGAACUCGACGGCGAACAGCUGCAAUAUAAUAUGAAUUGCUCAAUGUCAGGACCAUUGUAUGAUUUGAGUUAUCAGGGAAAUCCCACCAUGGUUUCUGCGGUAUUUUGGACUUUUGGAAUUGUUUUCAAACUAUUACCAUCGAUUAUUCUCGCUGUGAUGACUAUCGGGUUAAUAAGGUUGGUUAAAAAAUAAUUCGAACCAAUUUCAAAAUCCAAAUUCUAGAUCUUUGAAAAGUGUGGAGCGACGCCGUACACAUUGGAAACGCAAUCAAGGGGGUGCUCAAUUUUGCACAAGUUCUGAACGAAAAGCUAAAAAAAAGUUGACAACUCGACCAAGAACUACACGAAUGCUUGUUAUUAUUUUGUCACUAUGUUUAUCAGUAGAGUUCCCAAUGGGAAUUUUGAAUCUAUGCGUGGCGAUAUUUGGUGAACAUUUUGGUGAAGUUGUUUAUGAUCCACUGGGGAAUUUGAUGGAAAUGCUCACAUUAUCAUAUAGUUGUGUCAGCUUCGUUUUAUAUUGUCUUAUGAGUAAUGAUUUCCUAUCAACAUUUCGAGCAUUGUUUUGCCCAUGGGCUGAGAAAAACCCAUUUCCGCUUACCGUUGGUGGUGAGUAUUAUUUGAUUAGUUUUGGUUGUUUAUUAUCAUUAUUAUACAAAAAUGAAAUCAAAUGAUCAAUUUUUUCAGGUAGUUGGAAAGGUCGUCGAGAUGAUGAUCAGAAAUCACCAAGAAGUUGUCUUAUCAAUUAUACCGGACCUAACUCAUAUGUUGGAACAACUACACCAGUGCCUCCAUUAUAA